AUGCAGAACCCAUUGUCGGCAGCUGAUGUCCCUAGCCAAUUCCUUCAGGCCGCAUUCCUGGUUGGCCAAAUACCACUGAAAGCAUCCAAAGCCGAUCCACGCGUUUCAUAUGCGCUGUAUAUACCUCCGACACAUUACGACACAGACCCUCAAAAGAAACUUCCUUUGCUCGUUUGUAUACAUGGCACUGGCCGAAAUUCUGGGGCACUCCAUCGCGAAGAGAUGAUUUCAUUUGCCAACUCAACGCCCUGUGCCAUUCUUGCCCCAUUGUUCCCAGCCGGACUCGACGGACCAAAUGACUUAGACUCUUACAAGAUGCUUCGCUCAAAGUCAUUGGCCUCUGACCUUGUCUUGUUGUCAAUCUUGGAUGAGGUCGCGGUCCGGUGGCCAGGAAUUCAAGCGGACAAGGUCUUCAUGAUGGGGUUCUCAGGCGGCGGCCAAUUUGCUCAAAGGUUUCUCUAUAUAUACCCGGAGAGGCUGUUGGCACUCAGUGUGGGAGCACCCGGCCGCGUGACCAUGCUGGACCAUGUGCACCCAUGGCCGGUGGGCGUAGCGAAUGUCGAGGCAUUGUUUUCCCGACCAAUCCGGAAACACAAUAUCCAGCAAAUUCCUAUUCAGUUGGCUGUUGGAUCAGCAGAUAAUCAGCUUCAUGGUGGUGAAGACUUCUGGAAAUGGCUACAGCAAUUCAAGGGGAUGGAGAAGGGUCGGCAGGGGAGCGAGUUGCAAGCGAUGGGAAAAGGAAGAUCGGAAACCUUACAAAAUUUGCAUAAAGCUUGGGAGAAGGAGUACAUUCCAAGCCAGCUGGAUAUUGUGGAAGGGGCAUCUCACGAAGGAGGCAAAAUUUGGCCGCAUAUGAUGAAGUUUUUGAGGCCGUUGAUUCAAGCGGCUUUUCAUGACCAUGAAUAG